CAGCUGACAAUAUUUAGUCUCGUUCCCGACUCCAACGCUGCCAUAACACAUAACGCUCCGGUUAGUUUUAAUAAAGUGUGUGCACUGCUGGCGGUGCGCCGUUAACAAACAAUUUUUAUUAUUAUUCGAAACUGUUGGGAUCGGAAGUGUAAGAACCUAAAUAGGUUGACCGUUACACAACACUGAUUCGAAACCCGUUUGCCGGCAAUUGUUAGCAAUUGUUUUGAAACGUGUUAGCACGCACAUAGUACAACGCACGCGUGUUUUCCCGAGUGCCUUUAAAAGUGAUUUUUUGUUAAUAAUAAGUGGUAGUACCAAAGCAAAGUCUACUAACAUGGUCAGCAAAACUCAGCAGGCGGAGGCCCAACAGUUGUACCCUCAGCCCACAAGAGUGGAACUACUAACGCCGCAAACAGAAACCAACCAGAAACCGCGAUGGGGAAGUCUCCUGCUUCUGGUGUCCCUGGCAACCACUUUCGGAGGAGCAGUAUCCACUGGUUACUGCAUAGGCGUUAUCAACGCGCCUUCCAAGCUCAUGAAAGUCUGGUGCAAUGAUACCAUACACGCCACCUAUGGCAGUAACCUCAGUGCGAGCGGCCUGGAUCUCUUGUGGUCGUGCAUCGUUUCUGUUUUCCUGGUCGGAGGCGCCAUCGGUUCGCUGGGCGGAGCUGGAGCGGCAAAUAAAUUCGGCAGAAAAGCAUGUUUUCUCAUCUGCGGCGCUCUGUUCACCGUGGGUGCGGUUCUGUUCUUCUUCUGCCGCGCCGCUGGCUCCGUGGAGAUGCUGGUGAUCGGAAGGUUUAUUGUGGGCCUGGCCUCCGGCCUCGUGACCGCCACCCUGCCCAUGUACCUCUCCGAAGUGGCUCCUUUGGCCCUGCGCGGAACCCUGGGAGUCUUCUGCGCCGUGGGCGUUACGGGAGGCGUGGUCGUAGGUCAGGUAUUCAGUCUGGCUGAUAUCUUCGGCACAGAGGAUCUCUGGCAUUACGCCUUGACCGCCUACAUGAUUUUGAUUGUUGUAUGCUACCUGCCAUCGUAUAUGUUCCCUGAAAGCCCCAAGUUCCUGUACAUCGUCAAGGGAAACCACGCGGCUGCCAAAAGGGAGCUUCAACGCCUCCGUGGCAAGGAUGCGGAUGAGCUCAUCGCCCAGGAAAUCGCCGAAAUGGAGGGGGAGGCCAAUGCCAAGGUCCAGACUAGCAGCUUCUGCGAUGUCCUGCGCGAUCCUCGGCUCACAUUGCCCCUCAUUAUUGUCUGCUGCUUUCAUGGCGGUCAGCAACUGUCGGGAAUCAAUGCGAUAUUUUACUACUCGGUGAGCAUCUUCGAGAAGGCCGGACUGUCAACGGUGAAUGCUCAGUGGGCCAAUUUGGGAGCUGGCUGCCUGAAUUUGUCCGUCUCCCUUCUGGGACCCUGGCUAAUGGCCUACUGCAACAGGCGAACACUCAUGAUGUUCUCCUGCGCCCUGUGCUCCGUCUUCCUAUUUACCAUCGCCUUCGUUUUGUUCUAUAUUGACCAAGUCAGCUGGUUCGCGAUUGCCUGCAUCGUCUGCAUAAUGGGUUAUAUAUUCUUUUACCAAUUUGGACUGGGUCCCAUUCCCUACUUCAUCGGAUCAGAACUGUUCGAGGUGGCUCCCCGCUCCGUGGCCAUGUCGAUGGGCAGCCUGGCCUCGUGGACGUGCAAUUUCAUAAUUGGCAUCUCGUUUCCCCUGCUCCAGAAUGCAUGGGGCGCCUUUGUCUUCCUGCCCUUCUCCAUUACCUGUGUGCUGCUCUUCCUGCUGACGAAAUUCUAUCUGCCGGAAACGCGGGGGCGCGAUCCUUCCGAGGUGGCGCCACUCGUAUCGAAGGGCUUCCGCUCCAAGGUCAAGUGAGACCUUGACAAAAGGACUCAUUUAGCAAUUAGUACUUAGUAUCCGGAAAUAUGUGGUAGUACUUGUUAACUUUAAUGGCCACUCAAUGAUUCGUCCAAGUCGAGUGCCUUUUGUAAAAGCCGACAAUAAGCCGGAAUCAUCAUUGUUCAGGGUCGAGUUGCUCUAACUAAUUGCAAUUUUUUACCUAGUCCGUAAGUUUUUUGUACAAACCAAUAAAUGCGAAACUGUAUCUAACUUUAAGAGUCACCCUGUAAGAAAGCUUUCAGCUUUCCGUCCCCUUAUCACUGCACAAGUUCAAUUAAAACGCCUUGGGACGGAACGCAAAGUAA